AUGCCUGCUAUUACAGGCAAAGCAAUUGACUCUUACCCUAUUUUGCAUGAAAUUUUUCAGUCAGGAGACUUUGUCCUGGGAGAAAUUGCUUCUGUAUUCUUAUUUUUCCGCUUCAAUACAAAUUUCAGCAAACAGCCUUCUUCACAGUUGAUCAAAGAAGUCAUUACAGUGCCAAAGAAUUAUCAGGAUAUUCUGGCAUUGGCAUUUGCUGUGAAAGAGAUAAACCAAAAUCCUACCCUCCUACCUAAUGUCACACUGGGAUUCCACAUUUAUGAUGCAUACCACAAUAAUCGGAUGACUUACCGAACCUCACUAGAUCUCCUUUCUUCACAGCAUAGAUUGGGCCCCAAUUACAAAUGUGGCAUCCAGAACAAUUUGGUAGCUAUCAUUGGGGGGAUGUUCUCUGAAACCUCCCUCAGCUUGGCCUCCAUUUUGAAUGCCUACAAGGUUCCACAGUUCACCUAUGGCUCGCUUGACUCAAGGAUGAAGGAGAAAUCUCUGUUCCCUCACCUGUACCGAAUGGUCCCUAAUGAUAUCCAUGAGUACACCGGGAUAGCCCACUUACUUGUGCAUUUCAAAUGGACAUGGGUAGGGCUCUUUACUCUCGAUUAUAUCACUGGAGAAAGAUUUUUGCAAAUAUUACUGCCACUACUUUCCCAGAACCACAUCUGCAUUGCUUUUAUAGAAAAAAUAGUGAGAUGGAAGUAUGCUGAUGGAAUGUCAGAACUAUUGAAUCCCAAACUAUAUCAACUUUCAGCUCUCACUGAAAGCAAAGCCAAUGUAUUUGUUCUCUAUGCAGAUCCUUUAGGAAUGUAUACUUUGUAUAGGUAUCUUUAUAUGGCAGUCCUGAAUUCACCUAUAUGCAAGGUAUGGAUUGUGACAACACAGUGGGAUUUCAAAAGAAGUACCCAUCACAGGGACUGGGAUAUACAAUCCUUUCAAGGUGCCUUAUCCUUUUCAGUUCACUCAAAGCAACCACCAAGAUUUAGGCAGUUUCUUCAGAGUGUAAAUGCUUCAUGGGUAGAACAAAAUGCCUUUAUUCAGGAUUUCUGGGAAAAUACUUUUAAUUGCUCUUUGAAAAAUGCCAAUAUUCAUGAGGAGACCAGAGAGGGCUGCACUGGGAAAGAGACUUUAGAGAGCCUUCCUGGACCGUUCUUUGAAAUGAGCAUGAUUGGGCAGAGCUAUGCGGUCUACAACGCUGCCCAUGCCGUGGCACAUGCUCUGCAGCCCAUGUAUGAAGCCCACUCCAAAUACAGAUCCAGGGUGACUGGAGGAAAACUUUUGCCUCAGAAUCUACAUGCAUGGAAGCUCCAUCCCUUUCUAAGGAGAAUCUCAUUCAACAACAGUGCUGGAGAGGUCAUCCAUUUUGAUGAAAAUCAAGAAUCGAUUGCAGUACUUGAUGUGACAAAUUGGGUUGUGCCAAUUUCUGUGUGUAAUGACAACUGCUAUCCUGGUUACAGCAAGAAAAAGAAGGAAGGGGAGCCAUUUUGCUGCUAUGAUUGUAUUCGAUGCCCGGAAGGGAUGAUUUCCAAGCAGAAAGAUAUGGAUGCCUGCACUGAAUGUUCAGAAGAUCACUAUUCCAAUUUGGAGCAGAACCAAUGCAUACCAAAGGUUAUGAGCUACUUAUCAUACCACGAACCUUUGGGGAUCACUUUGAUUCUAUCUGGUAUUUCUUUGGCUCUGAUCACAGUUUUGGUACUUGGGAUAUUUCUGAAGCACCAGGACACUCCAAUAAUCAAAGCCAACAACCAAGGCCUCAGCUACAUUCUUCUUAUCUCCCUCAUUCUUUGCUUCUUUUGCCCUUUACUUUUUAUCGGGCACCCUGAGAGGAUUAUCUGCCUUCUUCGGCAAAGUGCUGUUGGCAUUGUCUUGUCUGUGGUUCUUUCCAGUGUGUUGGCAAAAACAAUCACUGUGGUUCUGGCUUUUAUGGCUACUAAACCAGGAUCCAGGAUGAGAAAAUGGGUGGGGAGAAGGCUGGCAAACUGUAUUGCUUUCACUUGUUCAUUUACUCAAGCAGGGAUUUGCACUCUUUGGAUGAGCAUUUAUCCACCAUACCCAGAUACAGAUAUGCACUCCCUGAAUGGAAAAAUCAUAGUGGAAUGUAAUGAGGGCUCAGCUUCUCUGUUUUACUGUGUGUUGGGCUUUAUGGGCUUCCUGGCCAUUGCCAGUUUCACCGUAGCAUACCUUGCCAGGAAGUUACCGGACACUUUCAAUGAAGCCAAAUUUAUCACCUUCAGCAUGUUGGUCUUCUGCAGUGUUUGGCUAUCCUUUAUCCCAACCUAUCUGAGCACCAAAGGAAAAUACAUGGUAGCUGUGGAGAUCUUCUGUAUCUUAACCUCCAGUGCAAGUUUAUUAGUCUUCAUAUUUUUCCCUAAAUGCUACAUAAUUAUUUUCAGACCUCACUUGAACAAAAGAAAUCAACUAAUAAAUAGAGGAAAAAUCCCUAACUAA